AAGUCAUGGAGAAAGAAGAAGUGACCAUGACAAAAAUUGAACUCACAAAUGGGACGCUCGAAGAGGAAAGUGAGAAAAAGAAAGAGACAAAGAAACCAAAUUGGCAGGGAGCUGUGAUAGAGGAUAAAAGUGUGUGGUUUGCAGCUAAAUGUGGCUCCUGGGAUGCGGCUCAAGUCAGGUUUAACCCGAUAGUAUCUAUCAUAUCAUUUCUACUGAUCCUUGGGUUUGUUACGUACUGUAUUGUUGAUACGGCGAAGGCUCUGGCAUCUUUCAAGGAAGCUAAAUUCAUGGUCGCCAAAAACUUCACUUGGCUUUACGUUGGCAGUUUCGACAUGUGGGCCCUGGUGUUAUUGGCGAUCUACUUUAGCAAAUACGGGAACCUGAAAUUGGGUAAGGAUGAUGACGAGGUUGAGUACCCUGACGGCUCGUGGUUCUGUAUGUUGUUUGCUUGCGGAGUUGGGGUGGGGCUCUUUUUCUACGGGGUGGGAGAACCCAUAUCUCACUACACUAGUCCCAACAGGUACACAGCAGACAGGUACAUGCCGGACAACAUGGUGGCUCAGGACGCACUGAACCAGACUUUCUACCACUGGGGGUUCCACCCCUGGGUCACAUACGGGAUUAUGGGGAUCGUGCUCGCUUUCGUCACCUUCAGGAAAGGAUUGCCGAUGACGAUGAAGUCUUGUUUCUACCCGCUCAUAGGAGACAGGAUCUACGGGUGGAUGGGGAAUGUUAUUGACAUUAUGUCUGUUAUUACUACUGUAUUUGGGGUGUGCACUUCUCUUGGACUGGGAACCAUGCAACUCAACGCUGGUUUGAACUACAUAUUCCCGAGUAUUGAGAAGAACACUCUGACCCAAGUUCUUAUUAUCUGGAUAGUGAUGGCUGUUGCUACAGUGUCCGUCGUGUCCGGUGUGGGUGUGGGGGUCAGACGGCUUAGUGAGAUCUGCUUCGGGGUAGGAAUGUUCCUUCUCAUGGCUACUUUCUUCCUUGAUGACAGCUGGUUCCUCCUAAACCUCUUCUGUCAGACGGUGGGUUAUUACAUUCAGAACUUUCUUGGGCUGGGUUUCAGAACAGACGCAUUUGAGCUGGUCGGUAUAAAAUCCAGUUUGGAGGGAGAUCGGGGCAGACUGUAUGGCGUUGGGGAGGAUGGAGAGGUCCGAGAGGAUGGACUAGCUGAUGGCCCGCAGGGCUGGAUGGACGGCUGGACAAUAUUCUAUUGGGGCUGGUGGGUGUCGUGGUCUCCUUUUGUCGGCAUGUUCAUCGCUAAGAUUUCUAAAGGAAGAACUAUUAAAGAAUUCAUUAACGGUGCCCUAACGGCUCCCAUGAUAUACAGUUUCCUGUGGCUCACUAUAUUCGGGGGCUCAGCUCUGUGGAAUGAGAAGUAUGCAGCUGAGCAGCACACGGUGGAGAGACCCUUCUGCUGUCCUGCCGAUCCUGAGAUGUUGGACUGGGCAGGAGCUUAUAAAGCAGAUAUCUCUAAAUGGGACGAGGUCCUAGUAUCUGGACUGAAGGAUACAUACAACAAGAAAACAGGAAGGUUUGCUUGUGGUGGAGUGUACCAAGAGUACCAUAACAAUGUGGGGGACAAGUGGUUAAAUGGGGAGGAGAAUAAUCUGGGGAACUUUGAGAAGUUCUACAAAGUUGAUAAGAACAGAUACAAGAUGUCCAUGUCUGAGGAUAAUAGUAUAGUGCGAAUAUCCUGCCUCAAACUGGACGACCAGUGGUUUGCUCUGAUGUACACUAAAGGAAAGCUAGGAACUAUGCUGAGUGUUGUAUCCCUCUUUGGCAUCGUCCUCUAUUUCGUUACCAGCGCUGAUUCAGGUAGUCUUGUGAUAGACAUCAUGGCCGCUAACGGAGACCAGAACCCACCCCGAUUACAAAGGGUGUUCUGGGCCAUGGUGGAGGGAGCUACCGCUACUGCACUACUUAUAGCUGGAGGCAAGGAGGCACUGUCUGCUGUUCAGACGGCGAGUAUAGUUACUGGACUCCCUUACACCAUUAUCAUGAGCUUCCUGUGUGUGUCACUGUGGAGAGGUCUUGCCAUGGAGUUCGGAGAUCUAAACCCCUAUGGAGCUGACUUCAGUAUCGGUAUUAUCGACCCCUUUGCUACGUGGGACCCAAAGCUGUGGUGUAAUUUCGCUAAAUACAUCUUCAUGACACCACUGGUCCUCUACAAGACAAACAUGAGGCAGGGAGGUCAGAAGACGGGUUCAACAAUGGUUGCUAUUGCUGCCUCCGUUCUGUGGUUGAGCUGGAUAACCCUACACAUAGUAGAGAUUGAAGUGCCCGGUUCCUACGCCAUUGCCUGGAUAUUCUACAUCGGGUUUGUGACCCUGGUGGCUAGCUUCAGAUCCUCAGUUCGAGCUGAGUACGAUAUAAACGGGAACCCUCUAGAGGACUUCUUCGCAACCCUACUAGUCUACCCAAGUGUAGCUAUACAGCUGGAGACUGUUCACAUGAAACAGGGACUGACUACUAUUGUGCCACAAGAGCCAGUUGCUAAUGGCAACGGAGCCACAAACGGUCAUCAUGUCAACGGUCUGGUUAUUGAGAACGGCAACUCUGCUGCUCAUCAAGUUUAAAUAGAUCGUCUACUUUAUAGUCAGGUCUCUAGAGACUGCUCGUGGUUCUUAUUAAGAUUGUAACCUAGCUAUGAACACAAUAUUAACGCCGCGGUUAAAAUCAAGCGACUGAUCAUACUUAUUAAGUAAGUAACGUGAGAACUAUAUAAACAAAGAGUGGUUAAAAUCUGAUGCUCAAUAAUUCUCGAGUUAAUCAAAGUAGCAGCACUUGAGUGAGUCAAGAAGCGAGAGUCCGAGACCUACGAUUCCUAUAACUCUGUCACCAGUCCUUCCUCCACCCCCUCUUACUCAUGUCCUACCUGCUCCAACAAACUCCUCAAUACCAGACCCUCUAAAGCUGUUUAGAUAUCAGACUUUGUUUAAGUUUACAGAAGUAAUAUGUUUAGUUAAGUAGUUUAAGUUAAGUAGUUAAGUUGUUUAGAUAACUAUGUUUACACACGAAAACGUGGCAAAUUUUGCUUAUGCUAACAUAGGUGGCUUUUGUUGCAACAGGGGUCCGCUAAAGUGUGAUGGAAUAGUUUUUUAGAGUUACUUUUCAACAUGACCAGUAUAAUUGUGACGUUUUCGCGAACUAAGAUAUGAUUUAAUUUUAGGUUGACUAGUUUACGUUGAACGGUUAACAAAUCACAUAUUGAGGCAGUUUUUUGAUUUCACUGAAUUGAUUUUUAGUUUUGCAUAACUAAAAAUAAAUUUGAGUAAUAUUUGUUCACUA